AUGAAGAAGUUUUCGGAAUUAAUACGACCGAAGGGUUCUCGAAGUGAUUCACCGGAUAGCGGCGCAGAUACACCAGAAGCGAACGUAACAAGAGCUAUCAAAGCUUUCUGCGAAGCUGGAAAAUCAAAGCAAUCGCAAUCGGCCCCUGGACCCGAAGGCAUUGAUAGCACGCAGGUCGAUGAAGUAACCUUCCUCCCUACUAUAGUAGAAUGCACGGAAUCCUCCCCGACAGCCGCCCAAGCGGCGCUCAAUACGAUCCGGAAGCAUGUCGAAUACAAGAAUUCAAAGCAAGGGUAUCAGCAAUACAAUGCGCUCAUGCUGUUCCGUAUCCUCGUCGAUAAUCCCGGGCCGACGUUUACGAAGGGUAUCGAUGAGAAGUUUGUGAGCACGGUCAAGGAACUGUACAGGAAUACUAGAGAUCCCAGUGUUCGACAGCUGUUAGUGGAGAAUUUGGAGUAUUGUUCGAGAAAGGAUGACCAAGGGUUGCAGUUGCUGAAAGAUUGGUAUGCGAAAGAGAAGGACAAGGCGGCAAAGAUCUAUUCCGGUGUUAAUUCGCAGUCGAGGAAUGCUAUGGGCGCAUAUGUUGGGACAAGUAUCCCGCCUCCGCCUCAAGGUGGGCACCGGGGGCAUCGAAGUCAUCGACGGUCAAAGCAUCAGCUACCGUCGCCGGACGAGCUUGCAGCCAGGAUAUCAGAGGCGCAGACGUCGGCGAAACUCUUGAUGCAAAUUCUGCAAAGUACACCCACUAGCGAGAUCCUGUCGAACCAAUUGAUCACGGAAUUCGCGGAUAGAUGCUCGGCAGCUUCUCGUUCUAUUCAAAUGUUUAUUGAAGCCGAUACUCCAGCACCGCCAGAUGAGUCGACAAUGUUGACCCUCUUCGAAACGAACGAACAGCUUGCAACAUCGCUUUCAAAGCACCAGUUGGCCAUAUUCUCCGCCAAAAAACAAUCAAAAUCUGGAGAGGUAUCUCGUACGAACAGUAUGAACCAAGUUCCUCAGACUCAAGUCGAUUCACAAUCACCACCGCCGGAGGGCCCGACUAUGUCAGCGCCCGUUCAUAUGAAUACUACGGGACCAAUUCCUGAACCAGUUACGAACGCUCCGAAUUAUGGGUUCAGCGGUUUUGGAUCAAGCCAGUCACCGCCUUUGGCCGAAACGAGACCGUUUGCGGCGCCUCCUCCACCAAUCCAAACGAAGCCACAAACCGAAGAGAACCCAUUUAGUGACCCAGAGCCCGCGAGGUAUCAAGGUUGGAAUUCGCAGCCGCAAGAGCAGCAAGAGUCGUCGUUAUAUACAACGGGUCGAUAUACGCCGAGUCCGGUUGAGCAUGCGCCACCGGCUGGCCAAGGGAGACAUCCAAUGGCUGAUGUUUCACCGGUUGCUACAAAUGCACCACAGAUGCCGCAUGGAUACCAACCAUACAGGUAUUAG